UGAAACUGAAAGUAAAAACUACUGGCAGAACUGGUGGGUGUUAUGCAGAUCAUGGUCCUGUUUAAAAGCCCAUCGACAAAAUCAGCAGCACUGAGACAUCUACAGCUGCCUCCUGAACACUUUGAGUCCUGCGAGGAUCAGAGACCAGCACACAUUGCAGUCAUCCUGACCUGAGAAACCUAAAAGACCCUCUUUUGCUCCCCAAAAUCAUCUUUUCAAUAUGGCUAGCAGUGGAAGUAGCAGUGAAAAAAUGAAUGUGGGCGAUAAAAUUGAAUUUAAUCGUGGACUAUACAACCAUGUAGCAGUCUACUUUGGCAAAGAGAAAGGACAAGAUAUGGUUGUUCAUGUGACAGGAGAGCCAGGAGUUGACUCCAAAAAACCUGGGGCAUGCAGUGUGUUAAAGCAACCAUUUUCUAUGGUCAAAGGUACAAGCUCUCAUAAAGUCAACAAUGAGCUGGAUCAAACGUAUUCUGCCAAAAACCAAAGUAAAAUCAUAGAAUACCUGGAGAAGAGCAUUGGCAAGAAAUGGAAGUAUAAUCUUGCUGAUAACAACUGUGAGCAUUUUGCUAAUCUAGCACGGUAUAACCAACAUUUUUCUGCUCAGGGUCAAAAGCUUUAUGACUACUGUAAAGAACAAGGUAGCUUUGAAAGCUUCUAUCGUGAUUUUCCAUGAACACAUUGAAGAAGCAGUUCAGAGUCACUCAGUAGAGGAGCCUCAUAUUGGAUGAAUCUUCCUUCUCUGCCUAAGGAAUGGUUGUCAUGUCUUGUAUUGUUCUUCACUCCUACCCCACUCUGCAUUAUGAUCCCAGUGUCACUUUUAUGAUAACCUUUGUUUUAAAAAGUAUGCAGUCAUCCUGAGCUUUGCAUCCCCCAUCCAGUCCAAACAUAUGUCCUUUGGUUCCUCUGAAGUAGUCCAUGGAAUUCUUUGUAUUCAAUAAAGACCUUUUUCACCAAA